GUUUUGUUCAAUUAUUCCAAGGAGAGUGCCGAGAGAAACAGUAGUUUCCAAAUUCCAACCGAAACGAAAAGAGACCCAAUUCGAAAAUCAAAUAGAGAGGUGGGUCGUUGCUUCCUCUCCUCUCCUUCUUCGCUGAGACGAUGAACGGCGGCCCGUCUGGAUUCAACAAUGCCCCCGUCACCCGGACCUUCAUCAUCGCCUCCGCUCUUUUCACCAUUUUCUUCGGGAUCCAAGGUCGUUCAAUUAAGCUUGGCUUAUCCUAUCAGGAUGUUAUUGUGAAGCUUCGCUUUUGGAAGUUGCUCAUGUCGGUUUUUGCCUUUUCAUCUACUCCUGAAUUGAUGUUCGGACUAUUCCUGCUUUAUUACUUCAGAGUAUUUGAGAGACAGAUAGGUUCCAACAAAUACUCGGUCUUUAUCUUGUUCUCUAUAGUAACCUCCUUACUUUUUGAGGUCCUUGCAAUAUCACUACUUAAAGAUCCUGCAGUGAAUCUAGUCACUUCUGGACCUUAUGGUCUUUUAUUUGCUUCCUUUGUACCCUUCUUCUUUGAUAUUCCUGUUUCAACUCGGUUCCGUGUAUUUGGAGUUCGUUUCUCUGACAAGUCUUUCAUAUAUCUGGCUGGUCUUCAGCUACUUCUGUCCUCAUGGAGAAGAUCCAUCUUACCAGGGAUAUGCGGAAUACUUGCUGGUUCCCUAUAUCGUUUGAAUGUAUUUGGCAUCCGCAAGGCUAAGUUUCCAGAGUUCAUCAGUUCAUUCUUUUCACAAUUUUCUUUGCCAUCUGUGGGGAAUCCUCCAGCAGCCGCCCCGAAUAGAGAUGUUAGAGGAAACAUGCCAUCUUUCACAGGCCGCCAGGUUGAGAGGAACUAUCCUACUGUGCCAACUGCCACGGAACCACCAGAGGAUUCCAUUGCUACACUUGUUUCGAUGGGCUUUGACAGAAACUCGGCCAGGCAGGCCCUUGUGCGGGCCAGAAAUGACGUUAACAUGGCAACGAACAUCCUUCUUGAAGCACAAUCGCACUAAUUCCAUGAAAUUUUUUUCUGGGUAUAUGAGACGUUUGGUGUCCACAAUUCCGAGAGCAAUCAAAUUCAGUAUCCGGGGAUGACGGUCCCACAAACUUGCAUUUGCUGACAACUGAGUUUUGAUGGGGGUGCAGGAAAUCACCAGGCUGCUUUCCCUAACUCUUACGGGUUCCUCUUUUGUUCCUCUAUUACAGCUCUCAAAUUUUCUUGAUACUUAAGAUUGCUUAGUCUGUACAAAUUGAAAAUUAUGCUGGUAGUGAUAUUUAUUAUGGAAUCGGGAUGUGCAGAAUUCUUUGGUUCUGUGAUAUCUAUAAAAAUUGCAGAUUCUCUGCUGACCAACACAAGUUUCUUUUUGGAAAAUAA